CAAAGUUUCUGUUUGAAAUCGCCUCUUCUAUUUUUUUUUGGUUUGCCUCGUUCCCUUUGUGCAGAGUUCAUCAGUAAAAUUCUGCCUCCCAUUGCUUCUUUUUUUUUCUCGCUUCCCUUUCCCUUGCCUCUCCUUUUAGAUCGCGAUUCUUUACAACCGAUUGAGACGGUUUUGCCAUCUGUCUAAAUUUCGCUCACUUUCCAUCUCCAUUCCAUCUGUGCCACCCGUUUCGUCAUGUCCGAAUGCUUCGGUUCCGUGUGGUGCAUACGCUACGUUAAACAUGCCAACCUAACCCUCAACUGUUACCCUACCAACGAGACCGAGAAAGGUCCUCGUUCCUCCGAAUUGAGCUACCUUAUGUUUUAUGCCAGUGCCCGACCGGCCAAACUCACCAAAGUAGGCAGCUUUCUGGAAAAGAAAGUACGCAAAGAUAUCCGCAAGGGUCGAAAGCAGUAAGCUCGCUUUUUUUCUUUCCUUAUUGACUCUUUUGGUCCCAUUUGCCUAUUCUCCCAUAACUAUUACCCUCCCUUGUUCUACCUACCCAGCCAUCCAAAUUCACGAUUCAGAAUCGUCAUUCUGCCUUGGCUGCCUAUUGUUUCACAUUGGAUUUUUUUUUGGAGUUAUUCUGUUUUACGCCAUGGCGUUUUUAUUUUUUAUUUUUGUUAUAUGUAUUUUUAUUCAUAAUGCCUCACCAUUUUUCAUUUGUUUUUAUAUAUUUUUGUAGGAACAAUCGGAUAUCGCUGCUUA